UCGCUUUGAAAUUAUCAUGUCAUGAGCGAUUUUUAAAGGCGUAGAACGUCUGCUUUAACUUAAAACUGACAUCGACUGAAAGCACGUGUAGUACCACUACCACUAGCCUACUUUGUGAAUAACUACUUUGUUGGUAAACCCUCUUUUUUGAAAAUGUAGUUCGCCAAAAAUUGGGGAACAAAACCCGUCGCGUACCAAAGUUGUGUGUGUCCUGGCAGUCACGUUCCUAUUGUGAAAGCGAAGGAUUGGCUGAGAGGCGCAGUGCAGAACGGAGCAGUACUGGCGAAGGAAACAACGGGGCGUUGGUAAUAAGAAGUAACUGUCCCGCACGAAAAGUUCAGUUUUGUGUUACAUUCGAAACGAAAAUCGUGAGAUUUGUGUUUUUGUUACGUUUAUGAUAACAAAUGUGUUUUGGAGAGAUCGAAAUACGGGAUUGGCAUCAAUAAUUAGUAAGUUUUCGUUUAUUGCAAAGAAAUGGAAUCUGUAGCCGUUAUCGACCAACCUUCCACCAACACCCCUGGAAACGAGGAUGGUCCGCUUGUUGCAGUAACUUUUCAAAAGAAUCCUCACCAAACACAGAAGUACCUUGAGGCAGAACCCAAGGCCCUUGGGCUGACUCAGAUCACACUCAGUGUAUUUCAGAUCAGCAUGGUCUUUGGUGCUUUCUUGUCUAUUGGUGAUACACAUUUCGUUGAGGUCUUCCAGGUCAUUGGGUCUCUGUUUGCAAUUAUUGCUGGGAGUAUUGCAAUAGCUGCUCAGAAUCUCCACCUGCCCACUCUAAGGGCCUGCCUUGGCAUGCAGUUGGUGGCAUGUCUGGCUUCAGUACUCAAUGUAAUACUCAGCACCGGGGCAUUUUUUCCUGGUUACGAUUAUUGCUGGCACUCCAUGUUUAAUGUCACAGAGGUCACAAAAGUAUGCCAAAAUCUUUUGGAUGGGGUUAAGCAUUACCAUGCUGAGCUACUCCUGAUGAACAUUGCCGUCCUUGCCAUUUGUGCCACCCUGACCACCUACUGCUGCAAGGUCAUCAACUGCUGCACCCCCAGGGCCAAUAUGCCGGUGAUCACCAUAAGUGCUCCCCCAGCACAACAAUGAAUGGAAAAAGAGGUGACAUUUAGGGGCUGAAAGAAAUCUGGGAGAGGGGUCAACGUAUUUGGAACCCUAAACUCUACUUAAUCUGAAAUGCGCACCACAAAAGGUUUUUUUUAGUUAUUUUUUAAAUUUAGUUUUACUCUUAACACCUUCAGGGAUCAUCAAAUCACGGUCCUUGAGGGCCGAGAAUUGCUGGUUUUCCACCCUCCCUUUACCUGGGAGUCAGGUGCGAAGACAGUCUGGCCAAUUAGUACCACCAAUUGUUCAGUUAAUUACCUGGGAGGAAAGAAAUCCUGGGCUGGAUUUUGAUUUGAGGACCAGAUUUGAUGAUCCCUGUACAUGUACUCUAUAUACACCAAAUAGAGAUAGACAUAUUUUAUUUUAUUGAUAUGGUACGUAAAGUAUAUUUCAAGUACAAUUAUGUGAAUGUAUAUUUCCCUCACCUCUACUAAAUUUGAAUCUAUACCCAAACAGCCCUUAUUUAGUCAUUUAAUUAUAUGGAUAAAGUCUAAAAUCUGAUUAUUACAUGGUUCUGUGACCAAAUACACAUCAGUCAACCCAUUUUGUAAUUUCUCUGUUGAUUGAACAACUUCACGAAGCAUGCUGCCAGCUGGAUAUACUGUAUAUGUGUUUGUGUGCAUGUAUAUCCAGCUGGCGGCAUGCUUAUAUAUAUAUAUAUAUAUAUCUCCAUAAUGUUUGGGGCAAAUGAUUCUUGAUUUGGCUCUGUACUCCACAAUUUUAGAUUUGCAAUGAAGCAAUUUGCAUGUGGUUUAAGUGCAGAUUUUCAGUUUUUAUUAAACAAUUUUUUUUAAAUCCAUUUUGGUUUCACCAUGUAGAAAUAGCAUUUUUUGUACAUAGUCCUCAAAUUUCAGGGCCUUAACUGGUUUCAAGCAGCCAUGUAAACAUUUUUGAUUAAUUUUUCAGAAAUUGAAAACUUCUUGCAAUUAAUCUGAAAUUGAAGGUGUAGUUCACUUUGUUUUUAUUAUUACAGUUUUAAUGUUUUUAAAUAACUUGGAUGGUUUAACCAGUUUUACCACUGUUAUUUUACCCAAACAAGACAUUAUAAUAAUACAUUACAUUAUUAUUCCAAUAAAUUUGCUCGCACCGUUCAUAUUUAUUCAUUGAAGCCAUUCAAUUGAAAUGAAAAAGAACCUGGUGUCCAUUUCAUAUAUUGUACCGGCAAGACCUUGCAUCUUUUCUGUUUUUGUUUAAAGUUACUGUUCUGUGGGUUGGACCCACAGAACUGGGCCUCAGCUACAGCAUGGCACUGGGAAGUUUCUUGGGUGCACUGUUUCUAACAUAACAGAACAAUAUUCAUCGUGUUUACUGCAUUAUUUAGAAUUUUUAAAAAAUGGCUACUGAGAGAACAAGCUUAAAAAUCCCUUAUGUGUAACUAGCCAGUCUGUCCAACAUUUGUCCAAUUUACGAAGUCUACAGCAACUUUGAAACAACAGAUUUCACGUUGGACUUGUCUCAGAAGAUUCCCAAAUCACAGCAUGUGGACUUUCCUUCCGUGUACCAGUGCAUCCAACAGCUGGCGAUACCUCUGAUAGUCAGCUCGCUGUCAGGCACCCCUCAAGCAAGGGGCCCCCAUUGUUAUUAGGUUUGGCGACAAAUACGGUAAUUAGCAAUACUGGAACAGCGAACUACCAUUGAUACAAAAUGGUACUGUAUAAACCACCAACCACAGUUGGACAAUGGUAAUCCGAAAAGGACAAAAGGAUACUGAAUACAUACAAUGAACAGUCCUGACUUAUGGACUUCAUGCGUAAGGCUAUAAUUAAAACUGAAUUAUUUUGGAUGUAAUCACGUUCUUUUUAUUCUUUUUAAAAAAUACAAUCCAUUUUUUUUUUACAGUGGUACUGGUAAUAUCAUCGUAGCUGCCUCGUUUUUAAAAAGUAAUCUCUUACACUUGUUAAAAAGGUAUGUGCAUUAAAAAAUGUUAUUAAAAUUAAAAUAUUGAGUCUCACAA